UGUUAAAUAUCAGCUAUCAAUUGUCGGUUUGACACAGAUGAGGUAGGCGGAAGUAGAUGACGCCAUCUUUGAAUUGAGUGUCUUCUCUCUUCAAUAAUGGAAGUUUAUCUUUAUAAUUCUACAGUUUGCAGACUUUGUGGAGAAGAAAAUGAUAACGGAACAUUAUUAUAUACUAAUGAAGAAUAUAAUCAAGAAUUAAGUGAAACAAUUAAUACGUAUUUGCCACUUAAGGUGUCUGAUGAUGGACAGCUACCACGGACGAUUUGCCCCGGGUGUACUAUUCAGGUUGAGGCAACAGUAGAAUUUUUCAACCUUAUUAUUAAAGGACAGAAAAUAUUACGAGACUUACAUGAAAGAGAAGUAGAAUAUAAAAAAAGUAUUACAAAAGAAAUUCCUGAUACAGAAGUAAUUGCUGAAAAAAUUGUUUAUGAAAUAAAUACAAGCGAUGGCAUUUACCAUGUGGAGCAUCCGAUCAGCCUGCAGAUGGCAGGACUGGAUAAGCCCAAGAGGAAAAGAGGCCGGCCCUCGAAGAAGCUCAAGACUCCCGAAGAGCUGGCUCGGGAGGCGGCCGCGGCCGUGGCGGCUAAAGAGGAGGAAGCCAGACAACAGGCUCAACGCGCUCAGGAAGAAUGUCACGGGAAGAGAAGGAGAAAGAUGCCCACAAGGUUGAAAGGAGCCGUGCAGGGAAGAGAGCUCGAAAAGAUAUUCAUAGAAGAGGGCGUCAUAGACAAAGCGGAGGGCGACCCCGACGCGGCGGCGGCCGAGGACGGCGCGUCGACGGAGCCGGAGGUGAAGACCAUCGGCCACGUCGCCUCCUCCGGGGAGCCGGUGGUGGUCAACGUGCGCAAGGGGCGCGGCAGGCCCAAGGGAGCCGUGCGAGGCGCCGGGCAGCCGUCGCAGUGCGCCCUCUGCGGUCUGCGCUUCGCCUCCGUGGGUCGCUACAUGUCGCACGUCGCGUCGCACAAUCGCGACCCGCUCUUCGACCCAGAAGAGAAAGAGUCGCGACCUUCCGGGCCGAUGCCCGUCGAGAUGAAGGAAGAUCCGGAAGAGCGACGGAACGAAAGAGCCGACGUAGCCGAUGUCGAAGAACCGCGUCCUCCGACGGAUCCGGCUCGCGAGGACGGCGAGGAGGAACCUUCGGGAGCUGACAGAAAGCAGUUCGAGUGUAACCAGUGCGAUAAGAAGUUCGGCAGCAAACAGAGCAAGUCCAUGCACAUAAAGGCCGUGCACCGCGGGGAGAGGCCCUACCGGUGCCCCGAGUGCGGGCUCUCCUUCGCCUACCCUCGCUCCCUGGCCCUGCACGCCCUGGCGCAUCGCCGGAGACGAGCCGCCGCCGACACCGGAUACGCCUGCGACGUUUGCCACAAGGUUUGCGAACGCGAGAGCUCGAGCCGCGCUCGAGCGGGACUCGCGUCUGACCUCGGCCCUUCCCGACGUCCUCAGGUGCUGAGCCACCCGUCGUCCGUGACGUACCACAAGCAGGCGGCGCACGGAGCCACCCAGUACGUGUGCGGCCAGUGCGGGAAACGCUUCCACCAUCGGCAGCUGCUGCAGAGGCAUCAGCUCGUGCACUCCAAGCGGCGGCCCUUCGACUGCGAGGUAACGUCGCGGAGGACUCGCGCGAACUUCGCUCCGGCGCUUCUCAAACUCGUGCCGCUUCCAGAUCUGUGCGGCGACGUUCAAGACGAAGGCCAACCUGCGCAACCACCUGCAGCUGCACUCCGGGGUCAAGAAGUUCUCGUGCGAGGUCUGCCCCCAGCGCUUCUCGCACCAGACCAGCCUCACGCUGCACAUGCGCUGGCACACGGGGUCCAAGCCCUACUCCUGCGAGACCUGCGGCAAGAGAUUCAGCCAGAAGGGCAACCUGUCGGAGCACGAGCGCAUCCACACGGGCGAGAAGCCCUUCGCCUGCCCCCUCUGCCCCCGGCGCUUCACCACCUCGUCCCAGAGGCGCCUGCACGCGCGUCGGCACGGGUGAGCGCUCCGCCCGCUCGUCCGCUCGCUCCCCGAGCGGCGAACGACCGAGACGAGACCGCGACGAGACGUCUCUUCCAGGAACGAAAAUCUGAGGAGGCCCGGCGCCCCGCGGCUCGUCCCCGAGCGGCCGACGGCGCCGGCCCCGGAGGCCCCGAGCGACGUCGCGUUUCCGGUCGGCGAAAAGGUGAUGUUAGUCAGCAAGCAAGAAGUCGGCGGCGACGUCAUCUACGUGACGUACGAGGCGUCCGACGCGUCCUCCUUCCGCGUCGUCCGUCCCCGAGAGGUACGUCCGGCGACCCGCGCCGCUCCCGAGUCCGCGGCGCUCUCGGCUCGAGUCCUCGAAACGUGUUCGCAGGCGGCGGAGGCCGAGGAGACGGAGGAGGCGGAGGUGGAGAACUCGGAGGUGCCGGCCGCCCGCGAGUCGUCCGCCGAGUCGCCGGUCGACCGACUGGACUCGCUCGCGAUACCUCAGGUCGGUAUUUCAGCGUCGCGAGUGAAAGUCGACCGAUCGAUACGAUCCAAACCCGCGGGUCCCGUUCGCAGAUCGCGGCAGGCGACGCGGCCGGCCGUUCCCCUCUGCGCCUGCGCAUGCGAGACGGCUCCGUGCUCGCCGUCACCUCGCUCGACGGAGAGACUCUGCAGAUCCUGACGCAAGACGGCCAGGCGAUUCCGGUGGAGGUGAACGAGUACGACGAGGCCGCGGUGAGUGUCUCGCCGACGCCGAGAGACGUCGGACAUUUUUCUUCAAUAAAGUCGCGGUCGCGUUUGCAGGAGGGCGUGGCGGCGAGCGAGGCGGCGCCGGACGAGCUCGAGGCCGACGGGGCGGAACCCGCUCGGUACUUCACCAUCGUGUAGACGGACGCGAGGCGCGGGACGGCGGACGCCCUCGUGAUAAUAGAUUCGUCGACGUUAUAUUUAAUUACAAAUUAUAAAUAUGAAUAUGAAAAGAUCUCGUUAAUUAUAUUAAUUAUCAUUGUAAUGUCGCGU